AUGUCGGAUCUCCUCUCGACCCAGACGCUCCUCGCACUGAGCUUUGUCGGCUCGCUCGUCGGCACCGCCUUUGUCCUCUCUCGCACACAGUUGCGCGAGGGCACGUCCUCCAAGUCAAAGAACAUCUUUGUGUGGCUUGCCUUUGACUGCCUCUGCCACCUGACCCUCGAGGGCUCCUUCCUCUACCUCUCGACCUUUGGACGCACCAUUAACGCGUCGAAUGGCUUCUUUGCCACGCUCUGGAAAGACUAUGCCAGGGCGGAUGCGAGAUGGGGGUUCAGCGACCCCACCGUCGUCUCCCUCGAGAUCCUGACGGUCCUUGGCGCAGGCCCCCUUGCGGGCUACUGUGCCUACCUCAUCUCCGUCGAUGACCCCAUCUACCACUUCUGGGUCGUCGUCCUCAGCGUCGCCGAGCUCUACGGCGGCUUCAUGACGUUUGCGCCCGAGUGGCUGACCGGCAACAAGUUCCUCAACGGCAGCGACUUUCUGCUCAUGUGGGUCUACCUCUUUUUCAUGAACAUGGCCUGGGUCGUCAUUCCCUUCUACCUCAUCUAUGACUCGUACGUCGUCAUCGCCGCCAACGUCGCCCGCCAGGGCAGCCUCUACGCCGUCGCUGCUGCGCCCGCUUCCAAGUCGCGAAGCAAGAAGCGAUCAUAGAGGAAGAGGAGCAAGGGAAGAAGAAAAGAAGAGGGAAAUGCACACAAUUUGCCCGCUCAGAUGAUCGUACAGACUUCUCCAUAUAUUGCUGCAAAAGAAAAAAAGCGGGGUUUAGACGUUGAUG